GCGGUCAUGUUUCCUUACCUUUCCUAUCGACUCUGCUGAGCUUGACCAGUCGAGAGAGAGAGCUACUCGAGAGCGGAUAUACAAAGGAAGCAGAGGGACCAGCAGCAAUGGGAAUCAAACUGUACUACACCACCGUUACAGCCUCACGGACGGUGAAGUCUCAACAGGCUGAGGUGAUUCGAAUCCUUGACAGUAAAAGCAUCCAGUACGAGCUAAUCGACAUCUCCGUGGGUGGGGAGCUUCGCGACGAGAUGAGAAACAAAGCAGGAGACCCCUCGGCAGUCCCACCCCAGCUUUUCAAUGAAGACCAGUACUGUGGGAACUACGAAAUGUUGUCCGAGGCGGUGGAGGCGGAUACAGUGGAUCAAUUUCUGAAAAUGGCAUGAGAAGGGCAGAACAUCAUUCUCCAUCUUAACCACAACCCCCCCCCCCC